ACGGGAGUGCGCGGCCUCCUCUCGGCUAGCGCGUGCAAGGGCGACACGGCGAGGUAGCGUGCUUACCUUCGGUCGAUUCCCUGAACAAGCCACGAUGACACUGCUGUCUUCUCCGAAGCUGCGUCUCUCCCCGUUCGGCCUGCGAGGAGCGCCAGGAUGGUGCUUAAGUCUCUGACUUGCUCUGCGGCAUGCACAGGAACAGCGCAGUGGGACGCCGCCUCCCUGUUCGUGGUGACGUCGGGCUCGACACGCCCAUUCCACGGCGCGAUGCAAGAGUGCCAGGCGAGCAGACAACCAGACGGCAACGAAUGCAAUGCAGCAGACGGGGAGGAAGCUCUGCGUCUGGCAUCAAGAGGUAAGACUGCGAAAGAUGUCCGCUUUGCUGCACCACGGGCUGCACACUCGCUCCAGUCUGCUCUGCGCAGGCGCCUGCUGCGCUCUCCAGAGAUUGAUCAUGUGGGUUGGGCCAAGGACCAAAGCGAGCUCGGCACCUGCUGCGCGGAGCAGAGGUGGCUACUGGGCGUGCACGGCCAAGCUGGCAGGUGUGGGCAGGGAGCAAGAGAAGCAGCAGACAGUCUUGAGUAUGCACGCACAUGCUUAUGUAGACCCGGUUGUCGGUGACGAGAGCGCCACCAAUGGCCAUGGCCUGCAGCAGUGUCU